UUGCCUCGGCUUCUGAUCAGUUUCAGUUUCAGUUUCAGUUCCAGUUUCGGGUUCUGAGUUCUGGGCUCUGGCUGUGGUCCCAUGCCUAGUUCUGGGUGCUCACUACUCAGUGUUCAGUCUUCAGCGCAGCUCGAUAGCGAAAGAUGUGCGCCGGUAGCGGCGAUCCCAGUCCCAUUCCCAACGAUCCAUCGAAUCCAAGGUCGCGGGGAUAAGUCGCUUCGAUUGUUGGAAUUGGCGCCAUGUGCUGUUGGUGUGCACGUGUCUACUGGACGGUUCUCCACAAUCUGCUGGUCCGCCUGCUGGACAACCUCAUGGAACUGAGGUCCCCCAUCUGCUGUAGCUGCUGCUUCGGCUACCAGCGGCAGGCCAGCGAGGAAGGUGACGUCGCCGAACGGGUUUCCAGCACCGAUGACGAUCCACAUCAGCAGCCCCAUCAAGAUUACGUCAUUGUGGACCAUGCGGAUGCCAACUAUGCGGAGAUCGAGGAGCGGCAUGUGGAGAAGGAGCAGUACUACUUCACGGUGGAUCGCCCCACGGCGGAACGCAUGCUCCAUGGACGCGAAGAUGGAUCCUGCCUGGUUCGUCCCUUCAAGGCAGCGGACCUGUGCAUCCGCUACAUAGUGAGCAUCUGGGCAGCGGAUCAGUUCUACCAUCUGUUUAUAAGGCAAGUGGACAGGAGACAGCGGUAUGCCAUAGGUCAAAAGAAGUCUCAAGAACGCUGCUUUGGAUCCCCAUCUGAAAUCGUCGAGUUCUACACGGAACAUCCACUGCUCUGCACCAACAAAACCCGGAGUCAGUGCAUCAAACUCCGGCCCAUCAGUUACGCUUAGCUAGGGGGUAAAUCUUUAUUGCAUAAGAGAGGGGGCGUGUAUAUGUACAAAUGAGGUUAACUUAAGAAGAUCCUCAGGUGGCCACCACCGCCUUGAAGGCGCACUGGUUGUUCUGCAUCAAGGCGGGCCAAAGGAAGGCUUUUAUAAGGUCGGAUCGCCGGUCCGCCUGGGGAUGCCGCUCGUGUUUCUCGGGCCUCAGGAAGCCUAUAUGGGAUGUAUUU